UUCCUCCAAAGCCCCAAAAGUCUUGACUAAUCAUUAAAAAGGGCAUUGCCGCACCUACCUGUCCUUCACCACCAACUAUCUUCCCCAAAAAUACCACUGCAACACUUUAACUGCCAUCCUUCACCCAUGUCCUCCCCCGCCGCCAACAUCGCCACCGCCAUUUCAACCCCAACUCUAGACUCCGAGUCCCCUGCCCUCCUCCAAUCCAUCACCUCCCAUGGAGGCUACGCUUUUACCCGCAUGGCCACUUUAGCCGCUGCCGGCGACCAACGCGCUGCCGAGGCCGCAUGUGAGAUGGCCUGGGAGCAACUUCACUCCGGUCCUUGGCACUCUGUUCUCCCCGUCUGGCGUGACGCUUACUCCAUGGCCUGCCUACAUGUGGCCAAAUUCCAUUUCUCCAAUGGUGAGUUCAGAGAUGCUCUUAGGUCUUUGGACAUGGGCAUCAUAAUGGGCGGUCCUUUGCUUAGGAAAGAUUUGGACUCCGCAAUCGAAGUCGUUUUGGCCGCCAAGUCCAGGCACUAUCAUAACGGAGUAGCUGAUGAUGAUAAAGAAGGUCACGGAGAGGCAGGGUCCCGAUUGCUGAUUUCUCCACAGGAGUUCGAUAAGUCCGAGGUGCUACAAAUUUUACCAAUAAGGUCAUUGUCUUCCAAGAUUGUGGGGAAGAGGUCCGCCCUAUCUUUGGAGGCAUUUCUAUGUGAAUAUUUCCUCUCAGGUUCUCCAGUUAUAAUUACUGAUUGUAUGGCUCACUGGCCAGCUAGGACAAGGUGGAAUGAUAUGGAUUAUUUAAGAAGGAUUGCUGGUGAUCGUACUGUCCCAGUUGAGUUCUCAGGCAAUUUAGUUGAGCAAUGGAAUCCUUCUCCAGCUUGGAAUGCUUUUCAGGUAGGAAAAAACUACUUGUGUUCAGAGUGGAAGCAAGAGCUUGUUACAUUUUCCGAGUUUCUUGAGAGGGUUCAAUCUACAGGCUGCAGUAGUAAGGCCCCUACAUAUUUGGCACAACACCAAUUGUUUGAUCAGAUAAAUGAUUUGCGGAAAGACAUUUCUAUUCCUGACUAUUGUUGUGCUGGUGGUGGGGAGCUGAGAUCUCUCAAUGCAUGGUUUGGUCCAGCUGGGACGGUUACACCUUUGCACCAUGAUCCACACCAUAAUAUCCUUGCUCAGGUUGUUGGUAAGAAGUAUGUGAGACUCUACUCUGCUACAUAUUCUGAGGAGCUUUACCCAUACAGCGAAACCAUGCUCUACAAUUCCAGCCAGGUUGAUCUGGACAACAUAGAUGAGGUAGAGUUUCCAAAGGUGCGUGACUUAGAAUUCAUAGACUGCAUUUUAGAGGAAGGUGAAAUGCUUUAUAUCCCACCGAAAUGGUGGCAUUAUGUGAGAUCAUUAACGACAAGUUUUUCAGUCAGCUAUUGGUGGAGUACUGAUUCUGGAAGUUCAAUGGUGUCUUAGAAUAUGUAAACAUUUAGUAUUCUUUCUAUGUCUAUGUUGUAAAAUUCUUUUUGGAAGAGAAGUGGACUUCAUGUAUAUCAAAACCUUUGCUAGCAAAAUUUACGUGCAGCCAGCCUGAAAGAGAAACAAUGAUAAUAGUGUAUUUAUGCGUGUAUGGGGAGUUUUUGACUGUAUCUUUGAACUCGCCCUAGUUUACCGGAUAGGUUUGAUAUCGAACAUCUUUCCAAGCAA